AUGUCCUGCUACGACCUGUGCCCUCCCACCAGCUGUGGCCCAACGCCACUGGCGAAUAGCUGCAACGAGCCCUGCGUCAGGCAGUGCCAGGACUCGACGUACGUGAUCCAGCCCUCUCCCGUGGUGGUGACCCUGCCCGGCCCCAUCCUCAGCUCCUUCCCACAAAAUACCACAGUGGGAUCCUCAGCAUCUGCAGCUCCCAUCGCUGAGAGCUGCAACGAGCUGUGCGCCCGGCAGUGCCCCGACUCGUCGGCCUUCAUCCAGCCGCCCCCCGUCGUCGUCACCUUCCCCGGCCCCAUCCUCAGCUCCUUCCCCCAGCAAGCCGUGGUGGGCUCGUCCGGAGCCCCCGCCUUUGGGGGCAACCUGGGGCUGGGGGGCCUCUAUGGCGCCGGGGCCACGCUGGGCUCAGGGGGCCUCUGCACCUUUGGCAGACCCUACGCUUCUCCUGCCUGCAGCCCUUGUGCCCUGCCCCGCUACAGCAGGAAGCUCUGGGACACCUGUGGGCCCUGCUAGACCCAGCCCAGCCCCAGGCACUGGCCCCAGCCCAAUC